AUGUCAAUUACAGUAGCAAAUCAACAAGAAUUAAAUGAAGCAUUAGCAACCUUUAAAAAUUCACAAAAUGGUCAUUGGUUACUUGUAACUUAUAAAACACCAACUCAAUUACAAUAUAAAGCAUCAGGUGAAGGUUUAGAAAGUUUAGCUGCCGAGUUGAACGAUAAAGAAAUUGCCUACUAUUUAAUUAGAUUAGUUUAUAAUUCAAAUGAUGCCGGUUUCAAAGAUGCUGUCAUUGGUGAAGCUGCAAAUACUAAAGAUAUCUAUGUAAACUGGAUUGGUAGUGGUGUUGGUAUCAUUGAAAAAGGUAAAAAGAAAACUCAUUCUGGUGAUGCUCAAGCUUUACUCUCCCCACAUCAUAGUACUUUAGUUCAAACAAGUAAAGAUUUAAAUGGUAACUUUACUGAAGCUAUCAUUAAAGAUAGAAGUGGUCCAUUAUCUGGUUCUCAUAUUAUUGAUUAA